AUGGGGGGUCCUAAGUGGGAGCAUGAUCGUCCUUAUGUCCCUCAGGGGACUCUGGAAACUGACUUCCCCACACCUCUCUAUAGCCUCAAUAUACCCCUGGAAAAAGCUGAGGGCUCCCUGUACUCCCAGCCCAGCCCUACUGACCCUUCUCUCCUUCCUCGUAGUGAUGAGUACUUAACUCUUCCGGGCCCUAGAUGGGCACCCAUCAUCAGGCAGGGUGUGCGAUGGAAGUUCACUCCUAUGGGACAUGAUGCCAUAGGACAGUGGUGGUACACAGGCUUGAGAAACAACAACCCAAAUGUCUGGUACAACAUAACCAAUCCUAUCAGCCGCCCAGCCUACACCCGAUGGCACCGAGCCUAUUCCCAGAGGGAGCAGACCUUUGCCCCUGGUAAGUCCAGGGCCCUCUCUCCACUUGGACAUUCUGAGCUGAGCUGGGUAGGCAGAGGGUCCAUAGUGGCAGGAACCACCCUCGUUUUCUCUCUGGGGACAGAGGGCAAAGUGGGAGGUCAUCCUUCGGACAAGAAAGGAAAAAAGACUGGGGAAGAAAGGGGUUUCACUCAGAACCUGACAUCUUCCUCCCUGAUAGCCUAUACCCAGCACCUUCGAGAAAGCUCCUGGUAUGAUCCCAUACUCCCUGCCCAGUACAUGGAGCCCAGUACCCGCUGGGGGAACCUUCUAUGGCAGGACAAGCUCCUCCCAGGGAAGGAGUUUGUUGUAAACCGGAAUCGCUUUGGGACUCCACCUGGCAAAGGCUCCAACUAUGUCCCCUUCCUCUCGGUGCCCAAUCGGCCACGUUACACUACCCAGAACUUCCGACUAUGGAAUCUAGAGCCCUACUGCCCAUCUACCAACCAGCGGCCGCCACCUGUCCAUAGACCCAAACACUAAUAAAAGUGUCACACUAUGGAUGACCACUUCUCCUAGGGCCUUUGAGAGGAAUUAGCGCCAGCCCUCCCACUCACCCUUCCCCCCAUUCUCUCGAGGACAGGUUCUUCGAGGGCACAGUCCAUCCAACUGGUGGGAUGGGACUAAGGGGAAAGGUGGGGCAGCCUAAGGCAUAGACUCAUAUACAGCCCCAUUUGGACCCCUUUAGCUACACAGUCCCAAAUGGCCAAACGCAUGCCUAAUUUACAACUGCUGACAUUUUAUGGUUCUUCAAGGUUUGCAAAGUGCAUUCCAUAUCCGUUUGAUCCUUAUAACCGUGUGAGGUAGGUAGUACGGUGUUAUCUCCAUUUUGCAGAUAGAGAGGCACAGGUUAUAUGGGCAGGAAGGGAACAGUAGGAAUGAGGUGGUAGGGGACAGUAAGAAUACCAGGACGCAUCUGGGAUGGGAGAGGGGCUGGUCACAUGGCAGUGUCAGGUGAGGUCUGUGCCUUGGUAGAGAGAGUAGCCUGGCCUAGCAUUCUUUUCAGUAACUCCAGGCUGCACAUUGCCUUGGCAUGUAUAUCUGCCAUUACAUGGACACCUGCAUCCACACAGGAUGAAGAAACCAAGUGCUUUAGCUAAUCUCAUUUGCCAUGGGCAUCCAUGUACGUUAGGGGCUCUUAAACUGGGAUAGAUGUCAAGGCCUCAACUUGGGUAGGGAAAAAAUGCAUCUUAAAUUUAACUUAUCUAACUGAAAUUUAGCAUUUC